AUGCCCUAUGUCGACGUGACAUCUAGCACUGGGAAAACCAGAUUCAAGUACACAAUAUGCACUCCGGCCUCUGAAGAGGCUGACGAGAUUGAUCGAAAUCUUCCAACCUUGCUUUUUAUUCAUCCUGUGUCUAUAGCUGAACAUAUAUAUUAUGCCCAAUUUUGUGACUGUCAACUACGACGAUUUAAUCUUGUUUCUUUUGAUUUGAGAGGAGGGCACGGUGGUACAACUGGCGACAGAGUUCCAUUUCGCUACGGACAGGUUGAAGCUGCAGAAGACACUAUGAGAUUAAUGGAUGCAAUCAAGCUACCACCCUGUCACCUUGUCGCCAUGUCCUCUGGGACUACAAUCGCUGUUGAAAUAGCAGUAACACAACCCGAGCGUGUAUUGUCCAUGUUUCUAAUAUCUCACUUGUGCCUUGAAAUACCACUUGAAGUAGCCGAGGGUCACAAAGAAGUUAAUGAUGUCUGGGCUUCCGCUUUCCCAGACGAAUCGACUGUGAAAGAAGAUGCUAUUUAUGAUGCGGGUUUUGGCAACAUACAGUACAUGUUCAGCAAUCCGAAGCUCUCUCCUCUUGUAACAGCUAUGACCCGUGUCACUUAUCCAGUCGCCAUGGUCAGGUGGAACUAUCAUCAUUUGGAUCAGUUUCGCAUCAUGAACCUUGACUUUUACCUCAACCGCAAAUCUCAUCCAAAAUCUGUAUUGGCUCGAAUAAUUGGCUCCGUAAAACUUGUGCAUGGUUCUGAAGAUGUCGCAUAUCCAAAGUCAUAUGCAGAAGAGUUUCUUCGACAAUUAGAAGAAGCUGGUGUUGAAGCUUCAUUACUAGAAGUCCCUGGUGCACCACACUACUUAUCGCCAGACUUCGCAGCUUGUAUAAAUCCAGUUCUGCACAAGUUCAUUCUUCAAAACGAUCGCUUUGACCUUGGGUUAUGUGCCCCAAUUCCAGAUCAUGUUGUAUCCCCCUGGGAAGAUAAAAUGAGACAAGCGGGGUUGAAUCCAGACGGCGCUGAAGACGCGGACUCUUCCUCUGAUGACGGUAUCAUAAUCAACUCUUGCUCGCCCUCAUACCUAGUAGAGACGCUCGAUUUCCUGUAA